CUAUCAGUCUGUGAAUGCAGGAAAAUGGCAGAGGCCAGUAUUUCAGUGGAUCAGGACCAGUUCAGCUGUCCAGUCUGUCUGGAUCUGCUGAAGGAUCCAGUGACUAUUCACUGUGGACACAGUUACUGUAUGGUGUGUAUUAAUAGACACUGGGAUGAAGAAGAUCAGAGAAGCAUCUACAGCUGCCCCCAGUGCAGAGAGACCUUCACUCCGAGGCCUGUUCUACGCAGGAACAACAUACUGGCUGAAGUGGUUGAGGAAGUGAAGAAGAAACUCCGAGCUGGUUCUUCCGGUCACCGUUAUGCUAGACCUGGAGAUGUGGAGUGUGAUUUCUGCACUGGGAGAAAACAGCAAGCCGUCAAGUCCUGUCUGACGUGUCUGGCCUCCUUAUGUGAAACUCACCUUAAACCUCACUAUGAUGUUCCUGGCUUGAAAAAGCACAAGCUGGUCAAAGCCUCUGCACGACUACAGGAGAAGAUCUGCUCUCAACAUGGCAAACUGAUGGAGAUCUACUGCCGUACUGACCAAAGCUGCAUCUGUUACUUGUGUAUGAUGCAUGAACACAAAGGCCAUAAUAUAGUUGCAGCUGCAGCAGAAAGAACUGAGAAACAGAAUCACCUGAAGGAGGUUCAGAGGAAAUCCCAGCAGAAACUCCAGCAGAAAGAGAAGAAGCUGCAGGAGCUGAAAAAGGCUGUGGUCACUCUUAAGCGCUCUGCACAGGCAGCAGUGGAGGACAGUGAGAGGAUCUUCACUGAACUGAUCCGCUCCAUCGAGAAGAAGCGCUCUGAGGUAACAAAGCUGAUCAGAACUCAGGAGAAGAACCAGCUGAGACAAACUGAAGACCACCUGGAGAACCUGCAGCAGGAGAUUGAUGAUCUAAAGAGGAGGAACACUGAGCUGGAGCAGCUUUCAGUCACAGAGGAUCACAUCCACUUCCUCCAGAGCUUCCAGUCUCUGAGUGUCUCUGCUGGAUGUGAGGACUCCUCCACCUUCACUGUCCAUCAACAUCCCUCAUUUGAUGGAGUGAGGAAAUCUCUCUCUGAUCUGAAAGAGAGACUAGAGGAAUUCUGCAAGGAGGAAUUCAGUAAAAUCUCUCCACAUGCUGCAGCAGUUCAGAUUUUGUCCUCAGAGCUAAAAAACAGAGCAGAUUUUCUGCGGUAUUUCUGUCCACUGACUCUGGAUCCCAACACAGUAAAUCAUGAGCUGGUUCUGUCUGAGAAGAACAGAGUGGUGAAGUACAGAGGAAGGGCUCAGUGUUACUCUGACCACCCAGACAGAUUUGAUUCAGUGUCUCAGGUGUUGUGUAAGGAGAGUGUGAGUGGACGCUGUUACUGGGAGGUCGAGUGGAGCAGAGGGUUAUUUGGUGUUGUAUACAUAUCAGUGGCGUAUAAAGGCAUCAGCAGGAAAGGAUGGGGUAAUGGGUGCGUGUUUGGACUCAACAAUCAGUCCUGGAGUCUGGAGUGUCUCUCUACUCUCUCCUUCUCGCACAACGGCAUUAAGACUGAGCUCUCAGCUCCAUCAUCCUCCAGAAUAGGAGUGUAUGUGGAUCACAGGGCAGGAACUCUGUCCUUCUACAGCAUCUCUGACACACUGACCCUCCUACACACAGUCCACACCACGUUCACUCAGCCGCUCUACAUUGGGUUUGGGCUCGGUCCAGGAUCAUCCAUUAAACUGUGAUUCAAAAUGCUCCAAAA